AUGAGCAGCAAAGUCAGCAUCGGCGGCGGCGGCGGCGGCGGCGGAAGUGCCGGAGCAAGGAAGGCUAAUAACGGAAUUCACGAUAUUCCGUCGGGGUCUAGGAAAAUAGUACAAAGCUUGAAGGAAAUUGUAAACUCCCCCGAGGCUGAGAUCUAUGCUAUGCUUAAAGAGUGCAAUAUGGAUCCUAACGAAGCCGUUAAUCGCCUCCUCACUCAAGAUCCUUUUCACGAGGUAAAGAGCAAAAAAGAAAAGAAGAAAGAGACUAGGGAUAUACCGGAGUCCCGGCUGCGUGGUGCUAAUAACACAUACAACCGCGGUGGUAGAGGUGGUUCUGAUCGUUAUGCUGGACGAAGUGGAUCUACCCAUUACAGCUCUACUGAUUCUGGAAACUACCAAGGGAAACCAACAAACAAGAAAGAAAGUGGAACGCAGGGCUACACAAGUUCGUGGUCUUCGUCUCCUGCUUCUGGAGUAGCGAACCACCAUCAGACUCAGACACAGCACAGUGAUUCUGUUGUUGUUGAAAAUAAAUUGCCACCUGUUGCCUCGGGCGAUGGAAUAUCAACAUCACAGCCGGCUUCUGGACAUCAAACUGCAUGGUUUGGAGCUUCAGGUCAGAGGUCUAUGGCUGACAUUGUGAAGAUGGGUAUACCACAGAACAAGACGACACAGCCAAAUGCCAAUAUGCGUUCUGAGAUCAAUCAUGUGCGUGAAGGUAAUGUGAACCAGCAGGUUCCUGUUAAAGAUGAAUGGCCGUCAAUUGAGAAGCCACUGGCGCCUAGUGCGCCUUCUGUAUCAGUAGCACCGGCAGAGCCGGAUGUGUUCAAUGGUCAAGCUGAUUUCCAAUCCGAUAGAGGAGAUCAGCAUCUGCAGGACCGGUUAGAAAAUAUGCAUCUAGCAGAGAAUAGCCCUGCUGUAAAUAGUGGAGCCGAUCGUGUACAACCUGACUCGGUUGAUGGUGGAAAUGUCCAAGAGAUUGGAGAGUACCAGACGCAGAGCCAUCCUUCGGAGUACCACAAAGAUGAAGAUGAUGUUUCAUCUGGCUCGGCCAAUUUUCAACAACUAACCAUAGAUAGUCAUGAUCAAGAAGCCCCACAUGAAGAGGAUAGACCUGCUGUUGUAAUUCCAGAUCAUUUGCUAAUCCACACUGAAGAAUGCUCGCAAUUAAGUUUUGGAAGUUUUGGAGGUUUUGGAUCAAGGCCUUUGAGCAACAACGUAGAAGAGACUUCUGAAGUAGCUCCACAGAUUGAACAUUCAGAUGCUAGAAACACUGAAUUCUAUGGAGAUGAAAAUCUUGGAGGUACGGCCAAUGAAGAUAUGGUCCAUCCACCUAGUACGGGAAAUUAUGAUGAUUCCUUAGAGUCUAGGCAAGAGGUUUUGAAGCAAGAGAACUCUGAUACCACUCAGGAGCACCAGUACACAUUUGCUCAGUCUGAGCCAGAGUAUGCUUAUGAAAAUGCUAAGCAGCAGCUGAAUACCGCAUAUGAUGCCUCACAGGCAAAUGCACAGAACCAAAUGCAGAAUCUUGCUUCAUUAUCAAAUGUGAUGCAGGGGUAUACACACACAGUUCCCAACACUUUAUUGGCACAAACAGCACAAAAUGCUAGGGAGCUUGAGUUCCAGUAUUCACCUUUCCCAGUUGCACAGUCUAUGCAGUCAAGAAAUAUCAACAAUGCUUCAUCUCUUGGUGGCCAAAGCAUUUCCAUGCCAGAGGCGCUUCGAGGCAGUGGAAUCCCUGCAACGCAGCAAACCUUACCUGGUGCUAACAUUGCUACUGGACCAGCUCUUCCACAACAGCUUCCGAUGCAUGCUUACUCUCAACCUACAAUGCCUCUAGCGCACUUUGCAAACAUGAUUGGUUAUCCUCUGAUACCUCAGAACUAUCCAUACAUGCCAUCUGCUUUCCAGCAAACGUACGCUGGUAACAACUCAUACCACCAGCAACUAGCUGCUUCAUUACUUCCGCAGUACAAAGCCAAUCUCUCCCCCAGUAAUUUGCCUCAGUCUGCAACAGCGCCUGCCUCCGCUUAUGGCUUUGGAAACCCCGCCAAUGUUGGAUCCGCCGGAAACUUCCCUCUGAACCAACAGUCUGCUCCUACCAGUACAACCCUCGGUUAUGAUGAUGUGUUGUUGAGUUCUCAAUACAAAGAGAGUAAUCAUCUGUUGGCACUUCAGCAGCAACAACAGCAGCAACAACAACAGCAGAACGAGAACUCGGCUAUGUGGCAUCACGGUCAUGGUUCUCGAACCAUGUCAGGUGUUCCGGCUAACGCAUACUACAACCUCCAAGCACACCAGCAACAACAGCAGAGUCAGCAAGCAGCAGCAGGCGGGUAUCGUCAAGCCCAGCAACAACAGCAUUACGGGUCUCAUGGCUACCCAAACUUCUACCAAGGCCAAACAGAAAUGUCACUCGAGCGCCAGCAGCAAAACCCUAGAGAUGGUGCUGGAUCUCAGGUUGGUCAGCCCUCGAACCAAACCCAGCAGCUCUGGCAAAACUCUUACUAA